UAUUCGUUGGGGACUUGAGUCCCGAGAUCGAGACGCAAACGCUGAGAGAAGCAUUCGCACCAUUCGGUGAAAUCUCUGACUGCAGAGUUGUGAGAGAUCCACAGACCCUAAAGUCCAAGGGAUAUGGUUUCGUCUCGUUCGUGAAAAAAGCGGAGGCGGAGAGUGCAAUUACCGCAAUGAAUGGUCAGUGGUUGGGGAGUAGAGCCAUCAGGACGAAUUGGGCGACUCGUAAACCACCGCCUCCAAAAUCGGAAGCAAAUGCCAAACCAUUGACAUUCGACGAGGUGUACAAUCAGAGCAGCCCGACAAACUGUACGGUCUACUGCGGUGGCCUGACAAACGGACUCACCGACGAACUGAUGCAGAAAACCUUCUCAGCCUUUGGUUCCAUCCAGGAGAUUCGAGUCUUCAAGGACAAGGGUUACGCCUUCGUGAGAUUUUCCACAAAAGAAUCGGCAACACACGCCAUCGUUGCUGUUCACAACACAGACAUCAAUGGUCAAACGGUCAAGUGUAGUUGGGGAAAGGAGAGUGGAGAUCCAAAUAAUGCACAGCAAACGGGACAACCACUGUCUUCAGCCACGUACCCUUACUACGCUGCUGCAGCGGCGCAGUUGGCCGCAGCCGCAGCCGGUGGUGUGGGUAGUGUAGGUGGUGUUGGUGGUGCUGGACAACUGUCAUACUGGUAUCCUCCUCAAUCUUAUCCCACGACUGCUGCAACGCAAAUGCAGGCAGGCGGAUUUCUCCAAGGAAUGCAGGGGUACACGUAUGGACAAUUUGCUGGGUAUCAGCAGGCACAGUAUAUGGGAAUGGGUAUGGGUGUUCAUGCGGCGGGUACAGCAGCAGGAUGGGGCCAGGGUUUACCCGGUGGACCUCAGUUACCACCUCACCAUGCAACGACAGUGACGGCGCCUCCUGGUGUACAAACUGCCCCACCACCCCCACCACCACCAGCGCAAAUGAUGGCCUAUCCUAUGCAACAAUUCCAGCUAGCGGAUGAGGACUGGCUGACGCCUAGCCUCCUAGUGUGAUGGUAAGCAAGCACCCCUCACCAACAGGAACAAACGUUAACGCCACUACCAUCGCCACCAACGAUACCCUAACUAGUAUCACGCGGAUCGGCACAACCAAGUAUGUGACACCAAGAGCCACGAGAGAACGCGACAGAGGGGGAGGUGGAGGAGGAGGAGGUGGAGAUGGCGGAGGAGGAGGUGGAACACCAGGUGGGAGGUCCU